AUGUUCCUGCCGUCCGGGGAUGAAGAGGCGCAGCCGCUCUUCGCGGAUACUGGAGACUACAUGGAGUUCACGGACAUGCAGCACGCGCAGCAAUCCCUUGGAAGGCUCUUGGACGGCGUGAGCAACACCUUCGACAUGCCUUUGGUCUUCUUCGAGGAUAUGACCAUCUCCGUGCUGGGAGCGCUGCGGGCCAUGCAAUGCGCCACCCCUUGGGAGCCAGGGGGUGUCCUGCUGCUGGGCCCUGUGGGCAGCGGGCGAAAGACCUGCGCCGCGGCAGCCAGCGCCUUGGUCAGCAGCUCCCUGCAGCGCCCGCGCAGCGUGGACCUGGCCGGCCUACGGAACGAGAUCCGCCAGUUCAGCGCGACAGAUUCCCUUGGCCGAGGCCUGCAGAGCUUUGGGCCCAUCACCGAGGACUGGCUGCUGCUGGAAGGGGGCGACAUGGUCUUGGAGGACGACAUCGACGACAUCAUCCGGGGUGCUACCCGGAUCGAGGUGCAGAAGACGGUGCACGCGCUCCUCCGCACCAAGUCCCGGGCGGAGUCAGAUCAAGACGAUCCUCCGCGUAGGACACUGAAAGGCUCGGAGACCUCCAAGUACCAGGGCGCCGCACGCCUGGCCUUCGUGCUUUGCUUCUCGCCCUCCUUGGCCCCCGAGUGGUUCCGCCAGCAACUCGCGAGGUUCUCGUGCCUCAGCUCCAUGGGCGUGGUGUGGCUGCAGCCCUGGCGGCACAACGCCUUCCUGGAGGUGGGCACGGCGGUCCUGAGCUACGCAGGUUUGGACAGCGCCUCCUUGGACUAUGACGCAAAGGAGCAGCGGAUCGCGUCCAUGUCGAGUGCCGCUGCGGAGAUGAUGGAGAUGCAGCGAGCAGGAGCUCAGACCCCGGGCGGCGGCGCGCAUUUCAUCUCCGCCGUCACGACGGUGAGAGAGAUGCUAAGUGCCAAGGAGGCGGAGCUGAACAAGGAGAGCAAGAGCCUGGACCGCGUCGCAGAUGCCCUGGCGCAGAUGGCGAAGCACCUGGAAGUCUUCCAGGCCAAGCACGGGAACGCCUGGCGCGAGGUGCAGGACUGUGAGCAGAUGGUAAAGGAGAUGGAGAAGCAGCUGGAGCAGAAGCUGCAAGAUGCCGAGGAGGCGAAAGCCCACGGAGAGAUCUUGAGCCAACAGGAGGAGGAGGUGAAGCUCCAGGUCAGCAAGUGCAGCAUCGUGGUGCACGAUGCCACCGAGCCGAUGUGA